AUGGCUGAAUCACUCCUUUUCAGCAUUGCCGAGGGCGGUCUGGGGAAGAUAGCAUCACCGGCGCUCCAAGAAGCCGUUGCAAUUUACAGUGUCGAAGGUCAGAUCCAUCAGCUUAGAGAGACGUUGACUGCCAUUAAGGCAGUGUUGUUGGACGCUGAGGUGCAGAAGGCGAAGAACGGCCGUCUGCAAGUGUGGUUAGAUCGGCUUCAACAUGUAUUUUACGAUGCGAAGGAUGUGCUCGAUGAACUCGAAUGUGAAGCCUUACGGAAGCAGGUUAUAAGUCACUAUAGGGGUAUCAAAGGGAAGGAAAAGCAGCCACGUCCUGAUCUCCUAGAGAUUGGAAACGACAUUGUCAAAAAAUCGCAAGGAGUUCCUCUACUUGUGAAAACUUUAGGUAGUCUGUAUUCAAAGGAUGAUGAUAGGCAUUGGAAACAUAUAAGGGAUAGUGAAACAUGGGAGUUAGUUGAAGCGAAAAAAGACAUCAUGCCAGUACUCAAGCUUAGCUACGAUCAUUUACCAUCCCACUUAAAACGUUGUUUUGCCGCAUUUUCACUUUUAUCCAGAGGAAUUGAAAUCAAGGGUACUGUUUUAGCUAGGUUCUGGAUGGCUUUAGGACUCAUUGGUUCGAAUAGGGAAAAACUAGCAUUGGAAUAUUUUGGUCUUGAGUACGUCAAAGAGUUGUGGAAGAGAUCUUUGAUCCAAGAAGUUCAAGAAUAUGGGUCGAUAUUAGCAUUUAAAGUGCACGAUCUGGUCCAUUCUCUUGCAACGAGUGUGGCACAAAAUGAUUGCUCUAUUGUUGGCUUGGAUACUGUAGAGAUUUCAGAAGGAGUUCGGUGCAUUUCGUUCUCUAACACUUCGUCAAAGGGAGUCUCAAAUUUCGAUUGA